AUGCCUCUUUUCCCAAUGGGAACCGGCAUACAGAAUGACGAGAGCCGAGCUUUCGACCAAACCAGCCGAAACCAUGCUCCUCCCAUCCCCGCUGCGACGCAAAAGAAAAACCGGCGGAAGCGUUGGUUAGACCUGCACCCAGAGUACUUCUCUGCAGACCUCGAGCUAGCCGACCCAUUACUCUACGACCGUCUAAUCCGACGCUUCCAAACGCCCGCCGAGCGUGAAGCCGAAGGACGUGCAAAGGGCUUCUCCGGCGUCCUCCAAGCCGACCUGCUGCGAUCGGAAGCGAAAAUGGAUGCGCUAAAUCACCCGGAUCCGCGCUCACUGUUCUCGUACACUCGCGGGCCGAACGGGGAGAUUUUGGCGGAGGACCGCGAUGAGAUUCCGGCGAGCAAGGAGGAAGGAGAGAAGGCGUGGCGUUGGGAAAUGACGAUGCGUUUUCUGAGGGGAGAGGACACAGACUUUGAUUAUUCGACUGUAGAUGGGAAUGAGGAUCUUGAUGAUGCGAAUGAGGAACAGGAGAGGUAUUUUGAUGAAGAGGAGCCUGAAUGUCGCCUGAAACACUUAGCUACCGUAUCGGUUAGAAUCUGGUAUCAACCGAAAAUUAUAGCCGUCUACGGCCGAGCCCGGCUUCGACCGUAG